CCUAAGUCAUCCCCUGCUGUCUUUACCUCGGCUAGUCCGCACUCCAAAAACCAUCAAAAGGUGUUUGCUUCUCACUCUUGUAAGUCUCAAACUCCUUUCAAGAAUGAGAACCAAAUCUGUAACUGGGGCGGGUUUCUUCCUGCUGUUGAUCCUUACGACGUCAGAUGGGUUCCAGUCCGACGAGCUUCUCGUCGACGAUGAAGAGUUCGGUCUCGAAGGUGGAAUCCGAUCCCGUGCAGCUGAUCCCAAUGACGUCAAAGUAGGUUCAGCACCUUCUUCUCCUGUUCAGUCGACCCGGAAGAGGUCUACCGGGUCGGGUUCCGAUUCAGAUUCGAAGAUCCAGUUCACUCUAGAACAUGCCUUCGGUGACUCAGAUUUCUUCCCCGCCGGCACCUUCACUGCUCGCAUCAAAUCUCCUUCUCAUGGUUCCCAGACGCAAACGCUGACAAAGCUUCGCUUCUCCAGAAAUGCUUUUACUGAAACAGAGAAGGAGGAUUUCAAAAAACUUUUGAAAGGUGAUGACUUUUACAGAAUAAGAGUACCGUCAAAAGUAUUGAACCUUCCUGGAAGAGAAUAUGUUCUUUCCUCGGUGAAAGCAAGGUGUCUUCCUCGGGAUGGUUUGGAGGAGCACUUUGUCAUACAUAUGGACGGUGUGAAUAUUUUGGCUGUUAAUUAUGGUUCCCCUGGUGCAUGCCAAUACCCUCGUCAAUUGAAGCUUCCUGCAAAAUGGUCCUUUAACUCUCACACAGUCCUAAAACCUACUGAACAGGCACCCAGAACACCUAUAUUUUCAGAAGCUGUUGUUGGGGAGAAUGGAGAGGGUGAAGAAAUUCAGCCUCCAGAGAGAUCUUUCUGGGCUAAAUAUUGGAUGUAUUUGAUCCCUCUCGGACUCAUUGUUAUGAAUGCUAUGACACAAGCGAUGAACAUGGCCGAAGAACAGACUAGCGGACAAGCAGGGGCCCAAGGACAACAGGUUAUUGGAGCUCAACGUGCACAAAGUACUGUGGUACGAAGAAGAUGAUAGCAACUUGCAGAUCCCCUGGAUUUUCGAUCUUCAAGAUGGUAAUACUGCGGAAUCAGGCCCGUUGGUUCUGAUUGAAAUAUCCAUUGAUAUGCUUUUGUGGGGUGAACAAUUAACCUCUGCAAUGAUUUGAGGGGAGUAAGGGCAUUUUGAGUCAUCAGUUAUUUUUGAUUGACAUGAUUGAGUGGUUAGUAUACAUUUUCUUCCUCUCUUAUGGAAGAUAUUUGUAGGUUUUGAUCGUUACAUUUGUACCCAUCUUUGAGUGUCGCUGAAGGAUACUUUCCUAAAAUGAUGGCAGAUGUAAAACAUAGGUCUAUAUCCUUGAUUUCAAUAGUUUGUACUAUUUAUUUUAAAGUUUUCCACUUGAACA